CCGGGCGGAUCGUGACAGUCCCGGAACAAACGUCGAGCACACGACACGUCGCCACUGGCGCGAUCACGAUACCAAUAAGAAGCAAAAAAAUAUUUACACGGCGGCUAGAAGAGACGGCAAUAUUUACGAAAAAAAUAAUAUAACCGAAAAGCGAACCAUGAACUUGUUCACCACUUUAUACGUGGCUAUCGUGGCGACCGUGGUAGCGUGCUUAGCGUGGCCCGCCACGGCUCAAGUGCAUAACAUGAACCGGUACGGCAAACAGCAGUUGACCCAAAAACAAUAUCGAUACGGCAACCCAACAUGGGCGAACGGAAUUAAUCGGGCUGGUGGUUGGGCACCAUCGUCAUACGGAAACAUGAUGAGGCAUUAUCCGGUGUCGAUGGCCCGAUACGGAGCGAUAAUGGGUGGCGGUAGACAAACGCUAUCGCCGGACGACUAUUACGAUAGCGAAGUCAGAUCGGUCGCAUACGAUCCAAGCCCUAGACGGUACGACCGAUUGGACUACGCUGUAGUCAGGUACCCGAGUUACGGUGUUGGUUACGGUGGUUACGGUUAUUACCCGGUAGCCAGCCUGGCAGCGCCGGGCGGUGGCAGCGGCGUUGCCGUCGAUGACGAUCUGUUGUAUGACGACGACGAUGACGACCGUGACCGCGACCGCGAUGACGACGACAGUGACGAUUCGUUGUUUGGAGAUCGGACCGGACAAAUGGCCGCGGCAACGAUCAACAGGUAUGAGUCUCCCACUUCGAGAUAUCCGAUGACGGACAAGAUACACAAUUUCCGGAAAGUGUUCAUGUCAAACCUCGUGUCACCGUCAAACGCGUUCAAGUCACCCAAAGAACGGCAGCUGUAUGAUUUUUGGGAAUCCUUGAUCAACGGCGACCUGGAUGACAUGCAGCAAACCGACGACACCGUCGGGCAACAACGCCUGGACCGUCAACAGCAUCAGUCGCCACUGGACUAUGGGUCCCCCAGUUCGUUGUUGUAUCAACACUUGCCACCGAUAUUUCUCAAGCUGCAGCAACAGCAACAGCAGAAACAGAAAUUACAGAAUCAACAGCACUUACUAAAACAGCACUACAAAUCGGUUGACGAACAGACACCUCCACCGCCACCAUCUCCGCCUUCAUCAUCGUACUCGGCUCUGUCGUCGCCAUUGCAGACCGUACAACGCGGGAAUUUCUACAAACAGUGGGCGAACGGAUCGCCACUCAUCAAGAGAUCUUCGGUCGGUGGAAUCCAACGGGCUAUAUCACCAUUAUCGUCUCUAUCAUCGUCAUCAUUAUCAUCAUCCACUUUGGACAACGACGACGUACGGCAGUUGCAAGAGCUUAAAUCUAACAACAGCGCUAUCAAUACGACAGCUACGGCGACAACAAUGACCACAUCGACCACAACAACCACUACCAUGGUCGCCGGUACGAGUACCUUGGGUGCACCAUCGCUACCCAUGGCGGACGGAGGGCAGAGAGAGUUUGUGCUGCCCAGACCGGCGGGCGAGAAAACGGAUUUAGAAAGUCUCUUGGAGGUAAUCGCCGAAGGUGGUCUUCGUGGAAACUACGGCGAUAACGGAAAUUUUCCUAAAGAUGCCAAAGUGAAUAAGAAAAGAUCGUUUGUAUCCGAUGAGACGUCACUAGCAGCUCAACUUGGUGCGCUUCGAAAAAAUUAAGAUGACAUUUCUGUAUGAAGAAUAAAAUUUGUUGAUUUCGUCAAACCGGAGUAUACUAAAAAACUAUAUGAUAAUAGUAGUGUAAAUAAUAAAUUUUCUUUUUUCAAUACGUUUGCUUACGUGUAAAUUCAAUUUCCUAAUCAUUCUUCUUUUUUAUUUACAUUUUUAAAAGCAUGUAUGCACUUUUUAAUUUUAUUCUUCUUAUCCGUUAAAAUACACUCAUUGUUGGAUACCACAUAAUAUUGUUUGUUUUAUUAACAUAAUUUCAUUAAGAGCGAAGACUGAAUGAAACGAUUCAUUGUACCUAUUAUAUGUGCAUUUAUAGUGUCUAUAAAAAAUACAAUACAAAUUAUCACCUGUAAGCAUAAUAGCCGGUGUGCUCCUUGUUUAAGUAUUAAUUUUACUCUAAAUAUUAUUAAUUAAAUUGCCGUUUACCACCUAUAUAUUAAUCCUAUUUAUAUUUUAUAUUGUCUUAAUACUUAACAUUUUGUAUGCUGCCCGUUCUUGCACUUUUAUGUAAUUCCCCUGUACAUAAUAUAAUUAUAAUUACCGUGAUUUGUUUGUAAGAUUUAAUAAUUAUUAAUUAUUAUUGGUACAAUUCAUUAAGUACUUAUACGUAAUAUAAUAUUGUAGUCAUGCAAG